GUACUGAUGUACGAGGUUAUUUUGCUGGACAAUUUAAUAGACGCCGCGUCCAAUAAUGUGUUUGAUCAUCCGGCGCUUUGUUCAAUAACGCCAGUAACCUCACAGCCCAGAUAGCUAGCUGACUCUCUAAUAAGCAGAGGAGGCGGCAUCCCCAUCCUGAACUUUGUUUCAUAUUAAACACAGCGGGCUGUCUCUGUUAUCUUCACGGUGUUAUGCAAUGUGAUCUGUGAGGUAACUCUGAACUCUGCGCCGAGCUAACAGCCCUUAGCACUGCUAGCACCGCUCAGCUCGGGCAGUAAGGAGCCAGGCGAGCACUUCCUACGGAUACAGCCGGUUGAAGCAGAUUCACCAGGCUUUACUGCAGAGGACAGCUGCUCAUCAUCGCACCGAACGGGUCCGUAACGCUUGUUUACGACGAUGUCUCUUUCAGCGGCGGCGCGGAGGUUAACGUUGGUCGGUUGGAGUCUUUCGCGGCGGAGCUCCUCCAUAGUCAGCAAAACUUCUUCGAGGACUUUACCUUCACUGAGCAGAGACCGCACUCAGAGGAGAGAAAUCACCUCCUCCAGUGUCGUGCAGCCUCUCAGGUCAGAAAACAAGGUGACUGUUAAUUUCAUCAAUCGAGAUGGAGAGAAAAUUACUGUCAAGGCCUCCCCUGGUGAAUCCCUGUUAGAUGUCGUCGUUGAUCAAGACCUUGACUUCGAUGGGUUUGGUGCAUGUGAGGGAACUCUAGCUUGCUCCACCUGUCACAUCAUCUUUGAGGAAGAGACUUACAAACAGUUAGGACCUAUUAGUGAUGAGGAGAUGGAUAUGCUGGAUCUUGCCUAUGGUCUCACAGACACGUCCCGACUGGGUUGCCAGAUUUGUCUCACAAAAUCCCUUGAUGGUGUCACGGUGCGUCUGCCUGAGAGUGUGGCGGAUAUCAGACAGUCAGAUGGCUCUGCCUAGUUCCACUUUCAUCUGCCUACAACUACUACGUCCAUGUAAUUAGCAUAUACCAAUGUAAAUUGAGGGAUUCAAAGAGAACGCAAAUAAUGGAUGUGCAAUGGUAUUAAUCCAUUGCCUUAUGGCUACAGUGUCUGGGAUGUAGUGUAAGGGCCCACACGAAGAUCUCCAUGCAGCUUAUAAUCUGUUUACCAGACAGUAGUGAGAGAUCGUAAAAAGUACAUCUUAACGAUCCACUGGAUUUUAAUUAUGUUCAUUAUGUUAACAUGCAGUAAAGUUUUGGCGAUAUGAGAUAUUGAUGCAACAGCAACAAUAAUGUUGAUUAUGAAAUUGCCAUAGAGUGCUUAAUAGAAGUCCCCGACACAUCAUCCACUAAAAAGGCAACAAGAAAACAAGAUCUUUACAAUCCCGAAAUGUGAGACGUUUAUUAUUCAUAGGUUUUAAUAAUGAGAAGUUACUUUUAAGAUACAACAUACAAGGGAUAUUCUGAGCACAUUAAUCAACCAUAUUAUGGUGUAUUAGACUGUGUAAGUAGUAUACUAAUAAUGCAGAACAGCCUUUAUAUAAUCUUCUAUUGAGCAUCACUUGCAGCUGUUUAUUAACUAAAUAUAAAAUAAAUGACUUUGUCUUUAUAAUUACA